GUAAAUUGUGUUUACUCAAUCUAGGCGACGCAAAUGGCGGCCGCAGUCUUGGCUCAUUUGUUGUGAUUGACAAUUUGUGUUUUUCCCGUGGUUUUUCAAAGUAAAUAAUCGAUUUUUAUGUGUUUCUUUACAAGUUGAGCUCUUUACGCUUCUUGAGUGAAUAGCGUUGAGCUUCAGCAACAAUGAGUUAUCAGAUGCCCAAUCGGCAAAUGUACCAGGGCAAUGACCCUGGAAAAGAAGAACAAACGCUCAUGUGGGCUCAGAAUGCCUACAUGGCAGAUUCAGGUAUUCAUUCUGGUGCGACUACCCAGGCUCCAUCUGUCAAAGAUGAAAUCGAUAGCGACCAGUUGAUGUUCGAUUUGGAUCAUGGAUUCACUCAAGGAUUCACCCAAGACCAAGUUGAUGAAAUGAACCAACACUUGAGCCAAACUCGUGGCCAGCGAGUGCGAGCUGCCAUGUUCCCGGAAACCUUAGAAGAAGGAAUCGAAAUUCCUUCAACACAGCUGGACCAAACGCAGCCAACAGCUGUUCAGCGUCUUACAGAACCAUCGCAAAUGUUGAAGCAUGCUGUUGUCAACCUCAUUAAUUAUCAGGAUGAUGCUGAUUUGGCUACCCGCGCUAUCCCAGAAUUGAUCAAACUGUUGAAUGAUGAAGAUCAGGUGGUUGUGUCGCAGGCAGCCAUCAUGGUGCACCAACUAUCCAAAAAAGAAGCUUCUCGGCAUGCUAUCAUGAACAGCCCUCAGAUGGUGGCAGCCUUAGUUCGAGCAAUAUCCAAUUCUAAUGAUUUCGAAACCACCAAAGUUGCUGUUGGCGCUCUACACAAUUUGUCACAUCAUCGUCAAGGUCUCCUUGCAAUCUUCAAAAGCGGCGGAAUUCCAGCAUUAGUAAAACUUUUAAGCUCUCCUGUGGAAAGUGUGCUUUUCUACGCCAUCACAACCCUCCACAACUUACUUCUGCAUCAAGAAGGAUCUAAAAUGGGCGUUCGUCUUGCCGGUGGGCUUCAGAAGAUGGUCGCACUUCUCCAACGCAACAACGUCAAAUUCUUGGCUAUUGUCACUGACUGUUUGCAGAUUCUAGCUUACGGAAACCAAGAAAGCAAACUUAUCAUCUUAGCCUCUCAAGGACCCAUUGAAUUGGUCCGUAUUAUGAGGAGCUAUGACUACGAGAAGCUACUUUGGACUACUUCUCGCGUUUUAAAAGUGCUGUCUGUGUGUCCGAGCAACAAGCCAUCGAUUGUGGAGGCUGGAGGUUUGCAGGCGUUAUCCAUGCACCUCGGUCAUCCCAGCCCAAGAUUAGUUCAAAACUGCCUGUGGACUCUGCGAAACCUCUCCGAUGCUGGCACAAAGGUUGAUGGAUUGGAAGGCCUCUUGCAGUCCUUGGUUCAACUCUUAGGUAGCAACGAUAUCAAUAUUGUAACCUGUGCUGCCGGAAUCCUCUCCAACCUAACAUGCAACAACCAGCGCAAUAAAUUGACUGUCUAUCAAGUGGGUGGGGUGGAUGCUCUUGUUCGAACAAUCAUCAAUGCUGGCGAGCGUGAAGAAAUUACUGAGCCAGCGGUCUGCGCUCUGCGACACCUCACCUCCCGUCACCCUGAAUGUGAACUGGCGCAAAAUGCUGUCCGCAUUAACUACGGCAUCCCUGUUGUGGUCAAACUGUUACAACCCACCUCCAGAUGGCCAUUGGUGAAAGCAGUUGUUGGUCUUGUUCGUAACCUAGCUCUCUGCCCAGCAAAUCAUGCCCCCCUCCGAGAAAACGGGGCCAUUCAUCAGUUAGCAAGGCUUCUCAUUCGUGCAUUCCAAGAUACUCAACGUAGCAGGUCAAGUGUUGCCAGCACAGGUAGCCAACAGGUAGGGGGAGCUUAUGCGGACGGUGUUAGAAUGGAGGAAAUUGUCGAAGGCACAGUUGGCGCCCUUCAUAUUCUGGCACGUGAGUCGCAGAACAGGAGUGUGAUACGAGCGCAGAUGGUCAUCUCCAUUUUCGUUCAACUUCUGUUCAAUGAGAUCGAGAAUAUCCAGCGUGUCGCUGCGGGAGUUCUUUGUGAGUUGGCCACAGACAAGGAGGGUGCUGAGAUGAUCGAACAAGAAGGCGCUACAGCACCAUUGACUGAGUUGCUCCACUCGAGGAAUGAGGGUGUUGCUACCUACGCUGCUGCAGUGCUAUUCCGCAUGUCGGAAGAUAAGCCGCAAGAUUACAAAAAACGACUGUCCAUGGAGUUGACGAAUUCACUCUUGCGUGAUGACCAAAUGUGGACAGCGGAUGAUCUGGGCUUGGGCCGCGAUCUUCAGGAUAUGUUAGGCCCAGAUCAGGGUUAUGGGGCGAAUCUGUACGGGCAGACACCGAGCACCAACGGACGACGCUUCCAGAGUGCAGGUUAUGACCAGAUUCCCGUAGACAUGCAAGGACUGGACAUAGAUCCACGAAAUGACAGCAAUUACAGUCCAUUAGAUGGGGUGGACUUAAAUUUCGACCAGCUUGACGAACUACCGCAGCCGCCACAAGACAACAAUCAGGUUGCAGCAUGGUACGAUACAGAUCUCUAGUAUGGUUCACUCUAAUGGAAAUCGUUGAUGAAUUACUUUGUAAGUGUUUUCAAAAUUACAUGCCUAUAUAGCAUGAGCUCAGCUGAAGGGAUUAAUGAUUUCGGUGCCAAAUCAUCCUGCACCGAGUUGUGCUGGGUCCUCUUCUGCUGACAUUGGUUAUAUUGCAGCAUGUAUCCUUCACAUCCAAAUGUAUGUUUAUACUAGAUUUAAUUGUUGUCUAAUUUAUCGAUUUUCUAUGGAAAUAUUUAUAUGAAUUGACUCUACUCUCCUUAAUUUAUAUACUUCCUUUGUGCUUUCUUAUCUCAAUUUUCUUUUCAUAUCAAUUUUUAUCUUGUCUCAUUUUUUUCGUAUCAGUGUCAUGUCUCUCAUGAUUUUAUCGAUUUUAUCAAUUUUAUUGUAAUCAUAAUAAAAACGCUAUGAA